GCAGUACACAUGUGACCCACAGCUUGCUUGUACACUUACAAGGUAAACAACUCCACAACUCUUGUGCAGAGAGAUAUCUUGCAAUGGCCACUGAUUUAAGGGAAAGUCAAGAGUCUGUUCCUCCUUCUGCUCCCCCUAUGCAAUGGAGAGGACGACCAGCUAGUUAUAAUGAAGAGCCACCAAGGUAUCAAUCUCUCUCUGUGGACGACUCAGAUCAUCACAGGGGUCCUGAGGCACCUACACCAAGAGAUAGGAGAAACACUCUCAACAGGUCGCUAGCAUUUGCAGGAGCUUCAAUUGGACAUUUUUUCGGUGUUCACGAUGACCCCACCACCAGAGGCCAUAGACGCACAGGUACUUUCAGACAAGUUAACUACUCACCUGUACCCUAUGUGGAAGGAGGAACACAAGAUCCACCGCCACCGCCACCACCACAAAGACAGCAGUCACUUAUUACUUCAACACUGAAUAGAAUGCGAAGAAUAAGGGAGCCAACUAGAGAUGAGGUAAUGGGCAGCCUACCAAAGUUUUGGCCUGUAACAACCAUCCUUAUCGCAUUGCUUGAGAUUGGGCUGCUAAUUGCGGUAAUAGUAUUGUUUGGCCUUGCACCGAUUGCUUUUGUGCCAACUACUGUCAGUGACACCAUUGUGGGUUUUAACAAUCUGUCCGAAUAUCAGACAAGGGAAAUUGUGCCAAACUUCUUUAUUGGACCAUCAAGCUCUUCUCUUGUUCACUCUGGAGCAAUGUACACACCAUGUAUUAGGGACAAUAGAGAUUUUCAGCUGCUGGUAGCUAGGACAAGCUAUGAAGAGAGUAAGUUGAGAUGCUGUAAAUCUGGUAGUCUCGAGCAGUGUGGCAUGCUACCACAGGACAUUUGCAUAGGCAAAUACAGUGGCAGUGUGUUGGGUGGAGCUAGUCGAUGUCGAGCAGAACUGAACAGUACAAGUGACUGCAAUGGAGGGGUGGUUCUUCAUCCAUGCUGUGUGGGUAUUCUUGGAGAGUGUUCUAUCACGACAGAAGCAAACUGCACCUUUCAAGAAGGCUAUUGGCACAAAGACAAACUUCUAUGCAGCGAAGUGGACUGCUUUGCUGAUACGUGUAGAUUUGACUGGAUUAAUCGUACCAUCAAUGAAAUCCCUGAUCAAGGACUGAGGUUCGUCUCAGCCAUCUUUCUCAAUCAUGGUGUUGUGACCUUGGUGAUUGUGGGGUUUAUCAAAUUAUACAACAGUUGGAUGAUUGAACGAAGAAUUGGGUUUUUGAGGUUCAUUUGCAUCUAUUUUACAUCGGGUGUUGGAGGAUUUUUGCUGAGUGGAAUAUUUGACCCCACAAGUGUUUCUGUUGGAGGAUCUGGUCCCCUCUUUGGUCUUAUUGGAGUGUUACUUGUUGAGCUCCUCCAGAGUUGGAAGUGGGUGAAAAAGCCGUGCGUUGAGUUGAUUAAAAUGUUGGUGCUCAUCGUCUUACUCUUGGCUAUUGGGACUCUCCCCUACGUGGACAACUUCUCCCAAAUUGGAGGGUUCAUUUUUGGAGUACUGGCCUCGUUUAUUUUUGUGCCGUACAUCACUUUGGGCAAGUGGGACAGAGCCAUCAAGUUAUGCCUCAUACUGACUUCUCUUCCGAUUGUUAUAACAUUGUUUCUAUUUGGUUUUGUGAUAUUCUAUUUUAACACUGAACUAAACUUUUGUCCAGCAUGUAGCUACAUCAAUUGUAUUCCAUACACCCCAACUUUUUGCAGUGAGUUCAUUAGUAAUAUAUUGUCUUUUAUUCCCAUACAAUAACUGAUUUUGUAUCCACGAGUGUUUAACAUUUAUAAUUAUAUGCGUACAAAAGUUUACUUUCACGGUGUAAAAAAGUGUUUGAUAAAAGUGUAUGCAAUCAA